GGGGGCGGGAGGAGAGAGGGAGAGGGAGUGAGCUGCGCGCGCAGGUUGGGCCCUCGCCUGUCACUCACGGCGAGAGUGAGAGAGAGGAGCCGUCCGCGGGCACCGGGGGAGAGCGCGACGCACACGAGGCAGAAAGUUGCGACCGGAAAGAGAGGAAAGAAAACAAAGAGGUGUGAGCAUGUGUAACUUUGUUUGAAGUUCUUGCUGUAUGUGGAAUCUCAAGCCAUGAAUUUGAACUGGAAAUAAAACAACUUGAGACUUAACCAGGAUGACUGAUCGCCGCCUACUCAUAAACGAAACCCAGCAUCUCAGACACUGUGUUGAAGGGGAUGUCGGAUACCUGUGGGAUUAUCGACCUUCAUCCAACUGAACACUUGCUGUCUGACAGUUUCAACUCAAACUGACUGUGGUAAAGAUCUAAUUGAUCCCAGGUACUGUGUAGUGGGAGAACAUGAUGAGAUUUUGUCGAUAUGUGGACAAGAUGGAAUUAUAAACGUCAAAGCCGGAGGGACUGCGGUACAGAACUCGGUUCAGGUGGUGGUUUAAUUCUGCAGCCAGCCAUUUCGAGCCGAGAAAGAGAUGACUGGGACUUUUCUGUUAUUCCCAGCGAGACCGAGUGUUGACAGACUAUGACAAGCUAUAGACCUGCUCCGAACGAGAAGCUGGAGGCUGGUGCCAUCGGUGCAGGCUGUGUGGAUCUGCUGGCAGUCACCGGAUCUUGCGAUUGCUACACGUCACCGUACGGCAGAGUGCAGAAUGGCACCGUGCUGGCUCCGGACGAGAGCGUGCCGCGGGCCAGUACAGCCCCCGCCAUGCCCAAAAUGGGGGUCCGGGCCAGAAUUGCGGACUGGCCUCCGAAAAGAGAUCUAUCGUGGGACGCCGGGUUACGCGGCUCGAGGGACACAGAUGGACCUUUAUCCGACGCGGACUUUGUUUCGCUGCGGGACCUCCAGAAUGGUCAGUUCGAUCAAGGCCGUCAGGGCACUGCCUCCGGGUCUGGUUGGGGCGCGCACAGCAGAUCCCGGGGGAAGUCGAAAGAGGUGGAAUUUCAGGGUCACUGGCCCCGGUCUCCAGCCAGGACGUUUAUCCCGCUCAGGAUUCGGAGCAGCAGCGAGGUGACCCUCAACGAGUACGAGACGGAAGGGUACUCGGAGCCCAAAGGGUCGAAACAUGGAGCCGGGAUGCUCUCCAUGCGGGAAUACGGCAGCACCUCAUCCAUUGACGUGCACGGAGUGCCCAAUGAGAGCUUCUUCGACAUGCUGAAGGAGUUCCGGAACGAGAAGAUCGACCAGCGCAGUACGGCGCCCGAGAAGCUGAACGAGCUCCUGCGCGCUGACCACAGCAUGGCCUCCAGCCUCAACCUGGCGGGCAGCUCGAAGAGCGAGGAUGGCAGGAGCGAGGGCUCGCAGAAGGACGAGUCAGUGAGGACGCCGCACAAGGAGAAGCUGCGCAAGAAACAGGGGAAAAGUGAAGCCGGGGAGUCCAUCCUGAAGAAGCUGCGGAGCGUCAGGAGCGAGCAGGAGGGGGCCCGGUCGGGCUCAGAGUUGGAGGACAGCAAGUCGCAGGAGAGCAGCAGCAAGCCAUGGCUUUGUCAGAAGAGCUUCGGGCACUUCGACGCACAGAGCGUCCUCUUCGACUUGAACGAGGCAGCCAACAACCGGGCGUAUGUGGCCCAGAGGAGGAACACGACGACGGGAGCCUCGGCGGCCUCGGCUGCCUCGAAGGCCACGCUCGCCGUCUCGCGGGCCCUGGCGCUGGCCGGAACUGAGCCCUCCUUCGCCAGCACUGAGGAGUUGAACGGCAAGGAGAACUUGGAGCCCGACGUGGGAGACGACACCAGCAGCAAACUGCUGCUCAGCUGCCCCCACUUCCGCAACGAAAUCGGCGGGAGCUGCGAGCGCAACAUCAGCCUGUCCCGAGCCAACGUCGCCUCCGGCCUCAGCUGUGAAGGCGGUUUCCCAAAGCUGGUGUGGAACCCCUACUGCACCAACGCGAGCAUCUCCGUGCUGGAGGCAGCCAAGGAGGCCCCCCAGCUCCGGCAGGAACGGUUGAAGCACUUCAGCAUUGAGCACGUGGAUCUGGGAGCCAGAUACUAUCAGGAUUAUUACCAUGGGAGAGAACACUGGAACUACUUUGGAGUUGAUGAAAAGCUGGGCCCCGUAGCCCUGAGCAUCAGGAGGGAAAAGCUGGAGGACAGCAAGGAACACGGACCUCAGUACAACUACAGGAUCAUCUUUCGGACCAGCGAGCUUAUUACGCUGAGAGGAGCAAUUCUGGAAGAUGCAGUCCCAUCGACUGCGAAGUCCGGCACAUUGAGAAGCCUUCCAGUCAAAGACGUACUGGAGUACGUGAUCCCAGAGCUGAAUAUCCAGUGUCUGAGGCUGGCGUUCAGCACCCCCAAAGUGACAGAACAGCUGCUGAAACUGGACGAACAAGGGCUAAGCAGGAAGCAUAAAGUUGGCAUCUUAUACUGUAAGGCUGGCCAGAGCACGGAAGAGGAGAUGUACAACAAUGAGGAGGCAGGUCCCGAGUUCGAGGAAUUCCUCAAUCUCCUCGGGGAAAAGGUGGCUCUGAAACACUUCACAAAGUACGCAGCUCAGCUCGACACAAAAACUGACUCCACCGGCACCCAUUCCCUGUACACAACCUACCAGGAUUACGAGAUCAUGUUUCACGUCUCCACCAUGCUUCCCUACACUCCCAACAACCGGCAGCAGCUUCUCAGGAAACGGCACAUCGGAAACGACAUCGUCACCAUCAUCUUCCAGGAGCCGGGCGCUCUGCCCUUCACACCAAAGAGCGUGCGUUCCCACUUCCAGCACGUCUUUGUUAUUGUCCGUGUGCACGGCCCUUGCACUGACAACGUGUGCUACAGUGUGGCGGUGACCAGGUCAAAAGAUGUCCCUCUGUUCGGGCCGCCCAUCCCCAACGGAUUUACCUUCAGUAAGUCCGAUAUCUUCCGGGACUUUCUGUUAGCCAAGGUCAUAAACGGUGAGAACGCGGCGCACAAGUCCGAGAAGUUUCACGCCAUGGCAACACGGACCCGACAGGAAUACCUGAAAGACCUGGCGGAAAACAGCGUCACCAACACGGCUGUGGAAUCCUCCGGCAAGUUUAACCUGAUCGCGCUGACCUCCAAACGGAAAGAGAAGACCAAGGCCCGCGUAGGGGCAGAGCUACACAGCGCGGGGGCAGUGGCGUGGCAUGUGUACGCACGGGACUACAGCCAGGCUAUUGAGAUCGAGUGCGUGCUCGGCAUCUCCAGCGAGUUUGUCAUUGUCAUCGAGCAGGGCUCCAAGGACCUCGUCUUCAACUGCUUCAGCGGCGAUGUUAUCGGCUGGACGUUCGAUUCGUUCAUCAUCAAACUUUUCUUCGGGAGAGGAGACUGCAUCUUCAUCCGGGCAUUCGAGGAGAACGGGGAUGAUGUGAAGGAGAUCGUUCAGAGGUUGAAGGUUGUGACUGAAGGAUGUGAAACCGUUGAUAUGACGCUGAGGAGGAAUGGUCUCGGGCAGCUUGGAUUCCAUGUGAAGUUUGACGGGACGGUGGCGGAGGUGGAAGACUAUGGGUUUGCCUGGCAAGCCGGCCUGCGUCAGGGGAGCAGGCUGGUAGAGAUCUGCAAGGUUGCUAUCGUCACGCUCACUCACGAACAGAUGAUCGAUCUCCUGCGGACGUCCGUGACCGUCAAAGUGGUGAUCAUCCCACCUCACGAGGAUGGCAAACCACGCAGGGGCUGCUCUGAAUUGUUUGAGAUGCACACUUUGGAUAAUAAGGGUGAGAAUGAAAGCAUACCCCCUGGCCUGAGACCACCUUAUCGCAGCAACGCCCUACACUGGAGCAGUGCAGACUCCCAAAGCAGCACUCAGUCCCAGCGAUGGGCCGGGACUAGUCACCAAACACUGAACCGAUCUCACAAGCAAGCAACCCCUGUCCCGUACAGCGAUCCACAGGCCAAGAACAGCAAGAGACCCGUCAGUUUCCCAGAGAUGAUGUACAAUACAGCAUCGCCGGCCGUGGUCGAAAGGAUUCCUACAUUUCGCAAUCCCUCUAGUAGUUUCUCGUCUCCUGGCUCUGGAGGGGGUCAGUCCAGUCGACACAAAGUCCCUCCAGACAGGUUUGGGCAGCCUGGUCUGCGCCCGCUCCCACCUUACGAAUACCACAGCAGAGAUGAGGUGAUGUCGAGUGGAGAUUCUUCUUCCGGAGGAUUGACAAGCCAGGAGAGCACGAUGGAACGCAUCAAACCCGAGCCCCUGUGGCAUGUCCCGACGGCGUCCAAAGUUUACCCAACCUCUGGGAACAACGUUAACAAAAGACUCCCCAGACAAGAUGCAACAGGCAAGGAUUCCCCCAACAGACAUUCCAAAGGAGACAACCAUUAUUCCAGCCAGUCCAGCAGCAACACCCUGUCCAGCAACGCCUCGAGCAGCCACAGUGACGAGCGCUGGUUUGACAACACGGAGCAUUUGGAAGCUGAUCUCGAAGCCUCGGUAAAGGCGACCUCGAGUGACAGUGGCAUCGAUACCACACUGUACGGGCCAGGGUCAUACACCUCAGCUACAGCCAGACCCAGCCACCGCAGAGAGAAAUCCCAGAAACCCAUGCCCACCUCCGCCACUUACUGCGGACUGCAGGACUAUAGCAACAGGACCUCUGACCGGAGCUCUGGCCACUCGGAGAAGAGGAGAGAGUCCUCGCCAGCGCUACACGCCAACAACCAGAAUAGGUUCAGGGCCAAAGUCUACUGUGCUCCCAGGAACAUGAGCUCCGGCUUCGGUGUGAAUAGUGGCGCGGAAAAUUCACAGCUGAGCCCUGCGAGCUUCGGAUCGGGACACUCGCCCAAUAUAUACAAGACCCCGUCAGCAGAUUCCUCUCGUUUACCCAACAGUUCUCUGCUUUCUACCUCCGCCCCCAAAUCCUUCUACUCCUACCAGAAUGUGAAGAACGUGUGUCCUGCGGGAUGGAAAAAGCCGUCAAACACACCGAGUCGAUCCUCCGGAUUCACCGAUAUAAAAACAAAUUCCAACAGCAUCGCUGCUACCAAUGUCUUCGGACAACCGCGACUGCGAGCCUCGCUGCGAGACCUGAGAUCUCCUCGCAGAGCUCACAAGUCAACUCUGGAAGAGGAUCUGAAGAAGCUGAUCGUGUUGGAUUGCCCUUUGGCUGAGCCUGAGCCGGACAUGCAUUUCUCUCCCAGGAAGGCCCUACAGAGGACUCUCUCGGACGAAAGUAUCUGCAGCGGGCGGAGGGAGCCCAGCUUCUGCAACCCCCAGAUGGCAGCUCUCAACCAGGCCCUGCCCAAUGAUGUCAUCUUCACCAGCACCUACCCUUCCCAAACCCUGCCCAGCCGACGAGCAGCCCAGCCCCCCGCAGCCCUGCCCUUGGAGAACAAACCUAAUCUGUCUGCCUCGGAUUUGUCCCUGACUGACGUGAGAGAGCGGCUGAGUGUGCGACCCCCCGAGCUGGGAUUGAUGCUUCUCCCCGACCCUGAAUCCGAGCUGGAAUGGGCUAAUUUGGUCAGCGUUGCCAAAGCUUACGAAGUCCAGAGAGCGAUUUCCCUCUUCUCGCUCAACGAAGCAGCCAGUGGCUCAGAGCUGCAUCAGUGCUGCCCAGUGCACCCGCACAUGAGCGUGGAGCGUAAGGGUUCCCCCCGAUCGGUGCACAGCGGUGGGGAUGAGCCGGGCCUGGCGCUGACUGGGAAAGUGUAUCAGCUGGAAAUCCAACUGAGACAGCUUCAGGAUGAUCUGCUGAAGGAGAAAGAAGACAAGGUGGCCCUGCAGGCGGAGGUGGCCAACCUGCGGGUGAACAAUCAGCGGCUACAUGUGGAAUCCCUAACAGCCACCGAACAGCUAAGGAAAUUCGCUGAGAUGUUCUCAAGCAGCAUGGAGAGGAAAUGAUGGACACCCUCACUUACUCGAUCGCUCCCUCCCUCCCUCCCUCCAUCCCAGAGAUUCUUCAUUUCUUUUACGGCUCUGGAGCAGCGAUAACGUCCCGAACAGGAAGUUUCACAAAGGGACGAGAGAGGGGGAGAGAGAGGGAGCAAUCACCCACACACGCUCAUCAUCCUGCUCCUUCGAAGAGUGACUUUUAGGGGUAGUGUGUGGGUGAGAGA